AUGCCUAGUCUUCGAACGAGUCAUAGGGCCGGUUGGUUCCAACAAAGCUUCCUACGUUACAAGCUGCUCCUCGGCUACAAGCUGCUCCAUUGGUUCAAGUUCCAAGUCUUGUCCGACAAUAGUCAUAUCAACGCCCAUCACUCAUCUCGGACAAACAGCGAACUCAAUGACAUGAUUCAGUAUUACGAGAGGUUGUUGCUUGACAGGGAACAGGACGUUAUGGCCUGGAAGGAUAAGUCUUCUUCUCUUGAGUCCGAUCUCCGCUCUUCCACUGAAGUCAAGCAAAAAUUGGAAGAUCAAUUGGAAAAUCUUUCCUCCAAACUCAUGCAGUCAAACGGCGAGUUGCAGGAUCAGUAUCAGAGGUAUGACAAGAUUCAGGAGGAACUCUCGAAUGCUCGGGGCAGACUCUCAGAAUCUGAAUCCAAUGCUUACGACUUGUCCAACCAGCUAUCCAAAUUGCAGGCCAAAUCAGCAUCAAAAGCCAGGAAAGAAGUAAAAGGUCACGGGAUAGAAUGGAUUCAAGGGGCGAUCGUUUUCAUCCAAACCGAGAAAACUAGGACAGAGCUGGAAUCAGACAUCAAGGAAUAUGAAAGCAACCUCCUCCUUCUGGACCAAACCCAUGACGAGGAUUUUUCCGAGGAGCAAGAAAGGUCCGAAUUGAAAGCCGUUUUAGCAGAGAAGCGAAGUCGCUUGGCCGCUCUUCCCUCUUCGUCAUUCAACCCUCAACAGUUCGAGGAGUUCUUUACCGAGUCGCCUCCUUUGAGCGAAUCCGGUUUAGAUUGGACUAGUCCCAGUGAUCCCGUGGAACCCGAAGUACCUAUCAUGUCGGUGGUAACUCCUGAACCGGUAGCCACUCCGCCAGAAAUUCUUCCAUCCACGAAUACCGUAACAGUGGUCAUCGAGGAUGACGAUGGUUCGGAAUCUGGGAUUCCUACUGAACAGCCCGUCACUGACGUAACGGAUGAGACUGAGACCCAGUCGUGGACCCAGUCGAUCUUGAGCCAACUCAGACUGAAUUCGAGGUGGCUGAGGAUCCGUAGUGGCUGCGUCCACUUAAUGGGGGUUGUCCCUUUAUGA